AUGUGGAAUUCUGCACAUUACAGAGGCAGAUGCUGUGCAGAGCUGCUUCAAUUCUACCAGAACAACAGCAAGACUUCAACUGAGAAACUUCAGGAGAACAACAGCGAGACUUCAACUGAGAAACUCCAGGAGAACAAAAGUGAGACAUCAACUGAGAAACUCCAGGAGAACAACAGCAAGACAUCUUCUGAGAGACUCCAGGACAACAACAGCGAGACUUCAACUGAGAAACUCCAGGAGAACAACAGUGAGACAUCAACUGAGAAACUCCAGGAGAACAACAGCAAGACAUCUUCUGAGAGACUCCAGGAGAACAACAGCGAGACAUCAACUGAGAGACUCCAGGAGAACAACAGCGAGACAUCUUCUGAGAGACUCCAG